AUGGAUCCUUCGUUAGCGUCAUCCAUCACAGGUUAUUUAUCUAUCUUAUGUUGGCUUAUUGUGUUCACACCACAGCUAUGGGAGAACUAUAGACGGAAGAGCGGGGACGGGCUUUCAAUGACGUUUCUUGUCAUUUGGUUAGCAGGAGAUGUCUUUAAUCUCUUGGGUGUCAUCAUGCAAGAUCUAUUAGUGACAAUGUUCUUUUUGGCACUUUAUUAUACAGUAGCUGACAUGGGACUUAUAUGGCAAGUUAUCUAUUAUCAGCAUAAAAAACUACCCUCGGAUGACGAAGAAAGUGUAUCCGAGAGAUCAUCCUUAUUGAAUUCAUAUGUGCAUAAAAAGAAGGAACAAGUGCAAAGUAGCAAAUACCACACAUUAUUCAAUUGGAUAUCAGCAUUGUCAAUUGUAUUGGUAACCAUUGUGUCAUGUUACACAUACUACAACGUCCAUCAAACCCACGAUACCAGUGGCAUCACCUGGUUGCCUCAACUCAUGGGAUGGUUGAGUGCUUUGCUUUAUGUCGGAAGUCGUAUACCUCAAUUAGUAAAAAACUAUAAAAAUCAAAGUACAGAAGGUUUAAGUAUUGGUAUGUUUUUGUGCGCCGUCAUGGGAAAUAUAUUUUAUACAGCCUCCAUCUUUUUGAAGUCAACUGACGUCGACUAUAUCUGGAAGAAUAUGUCAUGGAUUGUGGGAAGUGUUGGUACUUUGUUAUUUGACUUUUUGGUAAAGUGA